AAGUCCCAGCAGGCUGCCGGGCUGCAGAAGGCGGCCGUGGAGGAGAGCGGGCAGAAGAGCCCUGCGCGCGCGGCGGGGAAAGAACGUUGCUAGAGUUCGCGGGUCUAGCUGCUGGGGGCCGGAGCCGCACGUCGCACGCCCCGCGCGACAAAGCGGGAAUCCUGGAGGCGGGCAGCUUUUCAAUUAAUGCACGUAUUUAAAACUCCAGAACCUGUGGACGCCAUGCACAGGAAACACCUCCAGGAGAUUCCAGACCAGAGUAGCAACGUUAGCACCAGCUUCACGUGGGGAUGGGAUUCCAGCAAGACUUCUGAACUGCUGUCGGGCAUGGGGGUCUCCACCCUGGAAAAGGAGGAGGUGGACAGUGAGAACAUUCCCCAGGAACUGCUCUCAAACCUAAGCCAUCCGCAGAGCCCUCCACGGAAGCGGCUGAAGAGCAAAGGGAAUGACAAAGACUUUGUGAUCGUCCGCAGACCUAAGCUAAAUCGAGAGAACUUUCCAGGUGUUUCAUGGGACUCCCUUCCAGAUGAGCUACUCCUGGGGAUCUUUUCCUGUUUAUGUCUCCCUGAUUUGCUAAAAGUCUCCAGUGUUUGUAAGAGGUGGUAUUGCCUAGCGUUUGAUGAGUCUCUAUGGCAGACCUUAGACCUCACAGGUAAAAAUCUGCACCCGGAUGUGAUCGGGCGGUUGCUGUCUCGAGGGGUCAUUGCCUUCCGCUGCCCCCGAUCAUUUGUGGACCAGCCACUGGUUGAACAUUUCAGCCCUUUUCGUGUGCAGCACAUGGACCUGUCGAAUUCAGUAAUAGAUGAGUCGGCCCUUCAUGGCAUUCUGUCUCAGUGCUCCAAGUUGCAGAAUCUAAGCCUGGAAGGCCUGCAGCUUUCGGAUCCCAUAGUCAAUAAUCUUGCUCAAAACUCAAAUUUAGUGAGACUAAACCUUUCUGGGUGUUCUGGAUUCUCUGAGUCUGCCCUGAAGACUUUACUAAGCAGCUGUUGCAGACUGGAUGAACUGAACCUCUCUUGGUGUUUUGACUUCACUGAAAAGCACGUGCAGGUGGCUGUCGCACAUGUAUCCGAGACCAUCACCCAGCUGAAUCUUAGUGGCUACCGGAAGAAUCUCCAGAAAUCAGAUGUCUCUACCUUAGUUAGAAGAUGCCCCAAUCUUGUCCACCUAGACUUAAGUGAUAGUGUCAUGCUAAAGAAUGACUGCUUUCAGGAAUUUUACCAGCUCAACCACCUCCAACACCUAUCACUCAGUCGAUGCUAUGAUAUAAUACCUGAAACUUUACUUGAACUUGGAGACAUUCCCACACUAAAAACACUGCAAGUUUUUGGAAUCGUGCCAGACGGUACCCUUCAACUGUUAAAGGAAGCCCUGCCUCAUCUCCAGAUUAAUUGCUCUCAUUUCACCACCAUUGCCAGGCCAACCAUUGGCAACAAAAAGAACCAGGAGAUAUGGGGCAUCAAAUGCCGACUGACAGUGCAAAAGCCCAGUUGUCUAUGAUGCAGUUAUUGUGGGAUGAUGUCUCCUCUUUUCUUUGGAAUGGGGAAAAUAGGCAGGAAACCCAAUUGCUGGAGCACUCAGCUAGUUUUAUUCUUGGUUUUCUCUUUGCCUUCAUCCUGCAAGUAUAUUAGAGAACCAUUGAAAGGGAAAAGUAUGAAGAGUUGCUUUUUUUGAAAUGACUGUAAAAGCUUCUCCCUGCUUUGCCCAUAAGAGUCUAAGUUGUAGGCCUUUUGAAAUUUUAGGAGAGUAAGCCUAUAAUUUCAAGAUACCUUAAAGAACAAAAUUUGAGCCACCUGUUCCAGGUGCUUUUUUUAUUAAGCCUAUUUAGAAUCAAGCUUAAAAAUUUCCACUGGCAAAGAAUUUUCAUAGCCUGUAUGGUAACUUUUAUCUAUUUAAUUUUUCAGCAUUGCUUUAUAAGACAUAGCUUGAAAGAAUAAGCUAUUUGUAUUGUGAGCUGAAAGAGAAUCAUAGGAUAGUAGCAUUUGAGGCAAUCUCUUCUGGGGAUAAAAAAGGGAAAAAAACGCAUUACAAUUUUGCCUAUACAUUUUCAUGUAAUUUACCUUAAAACCUAAAUAAAAAACAAGCAAAAAAACAAUCAGAGGCAUAGAAUUGGUAUAGGAUUUGAAGGCUCAAGAGGCAGUUUUUCCUAUGACAGGUUAAUUUGAAGUAUCCUUUAAUGUUUGUUGAUGUACUGUGUUCCCAGAAUUCUAAAUUAGGUGAAGAAAUAUAAUUGUAGUUUUCUAACUUUAUAAUCAAACUAUGUUAACAUGCGUUUUCUAGCUUUUUAUAUGACUUGCUUUGUUUUAGGAAGUUGGUAUUAACCCAGUCGGCCUCUAUUGAAAAGUUGAGUGGAAGAAUUCUGAACUGAAAUCACCUGCUGUUUUCCUUUAGCGCUGAAGUUCUUGAGGUUAUUUUUUUAUUAUUCUGAAAUCAAGUCUUUUAAAUUGUCUUUUUUUUAAUGUUCUCUCAUAAUAAUGAUUUGAAAUUACCCAUUUCAUAAGGUUACUGGACUUAAAGUUCCCAGAGAAGAACUUCAUGUUCCUUUCAAUCAAAGAUGCACACUAGAAGCAGGUUCCAUGCAGUUUGAGAGCAGUAAGCACUACUUUUACCUACGUAAGAGUUAAGACUCCAGGUGUUGAACCUUUUGAUAGAAC